AAAGUGGUGAUAAUUCUGGUAUGGUUUUUUUUUCUUUACUACGAGAAGGCAUGUCUAAACAUGAUAGAAUCUGGCAAGGGAAGCGACGUGAAAUGGGGGAAUGAGCUUGGCUUCAUCAUCCUUCCAUUUCACAUCUGCUUGCACGACGAUCCGUUACAGUACGUGCGCAAGGCGAAGAAGAUUGUGGAUAGGAAAAAGAGCUCGUUGGAAGUGGUGCUCACACAUUUAGCAGCAGAAGUUAUCCUCAAAAUCAUUGGUCUCAAGGCAGCAGGAGCUAUCUUCCAUCGUAUGAUCUCUCAUACAACCAUAUCCUUCUCCAACAUGAUUGAUCCAGUUGAGCAGGUAGAGUUUUGUGGACAUCCGGUUGUCUUCAUCGCCCCAAGUGGAUUUGGGCCCCCGGAAGACCUAACAGUGAAUUUUCAAAGUUACGUUAACACUAUGAUGGUAAAUCUGGCAGUGGACGAGGCACAAUUUCCAGAUUGUCAUGAGCUGCUGGAUGACUUUGUUGAAUCCCUCAGGCUAAUUAGAGGUGCAGCUUCAAACUUUGUGAAGAAUCACAAGAAAGGUUAAGGGACUAUUCGACCAAUGCUUAUUUCAUUCCUCCAGUCCCAAUAAUAAUUUAAGUAUUACUGCUAAAUUAUUUGUAGUUUUGUGUUAUCCUGGAAUUUAAACUCAACCAAAUUGAUAAAGUGCAUCACAUGGGUUGAGCUAAUGGUUUUCUGGAGAAAAAUGGCAUCAUUCAUAUGUUUUAUAACAAAAAGUUAUAAAAUUGUAACAGUGAAUGGUACUUUAGUAUCCUUCACUUCUUACUCACCUGUGAUGGGCAGAAUAG